CGCAUUGUUUGGGGUCCUUACUGGAGGCUCGGCGCCAGUGUCUCGGGCGGUCGCAGCUGAAGUAAAUACGAGUGAAUUUUAGUGAAUUAAUCUAUUAAAUCAAGUCGUUAAGGAAACUUGGAUUCCCACUUGUCAAACCAUGAAUCUAGAACUGCUCGAAUCGUUCGGGCAAAACUAUCCAGAGGAGGCAGAUGGCACUCUGGACUGUAUCAGUAUGGCACUCACCUGCACCUUCAACCGCUGGGGCACCCUGCUGGCUGUGGGCUGCAACGACGGUCGCAUUGUCAUCUGGGACUUCCUCACGCGGGGCAUCGCCAAAAUCAUCAGCGCACACAUCCAUCCGGUCUGCUCAUUAUGCUGGAGUCGAGACGGCCACAAGUUGGUGAGUGCCUCCACAGACAACAUAGUCUCACAGUGGGAUGUCCUGACUGGAGACUGUGACCAGAGGUUCCGCUUCCCCUCACCCAUCCUUAAACUGCAGUGCCACCCCAGAGACAUGGACAAGGUGCUGGUGUGUCCCAUGAAGUCAGCCCCAGUCCUGCUAACUCUGUCAGACUCAAAACAUGUUGUCCUACCUGUUGACGACGACUCAGACCUGAAUGUGGUGGCGGCCUUUGACAGACGGGGGGAAUAUAUCUACACUGGGAAUGCUAAAGGAAAGAUUCUGGUGUUGAACACAAAUACUCAGGAGCUGGUUGCUUCCUUCAGAGUGACAACUGGCACCAGCAACACCACCGCCAUCAAGUCAAUUGAAUUUGCACGCAAGGGCAGUUGCUUCCUCAUAAACACAGCAGACCGGAUCAUCAGGGUGUAUGAUGGCAGGGAGAUACUGACCUGUGGCCGAGAUGGUGAACCUGAACCCAUGCAGAAACUACAGGACCUGGUCAACAGGACUCCGUGGAAACGCUGCUGUUUCUCAGGUGAUGGUGAGUACAUCGUGGCUGGUUCAGCCAGGCAGCAUGCGCUCUACAUCUGGGAGAAGAGCAUCGGCAACCUGGUGAAGAUCCUUCAUGGAACCAGAGGGGAGCUGCUGCUGGAUGUUGCUUGGCAUCCUGUCCGUCCAAUUAUCGCCUCCAUCUCCAGUGGAGUGGUGUCCAUCUGGGCUCAGAACCAAGUGGAAAACUGGAGCGCUUUUGCUCCAGACUUUAAAGAGCUGGAUGAGAAUGUGGAGUAUGAGGAGCGAGAGUCUGAGUUUGAUAUUGAGGACGAAGAUAAGAGUGAACCCGAGCAGACAGGUGCAGACGCUGCAGAGGAUGAAGAAGUGGAUGUCACCACUGUUGACCCCAUAGUUGCUUUUUGCAGCAGUGACGAGGAGCUGGAGGACUACAAGGCCCUGCUGUACCUGCCAAUCGCCCCCGAAGUCGAAGAUCCAGAGGAAAACCCCUUCGGCCCCCCGCCGGACGCCUCGGUCCAGACAGCCACUCCAGAUGACGCAUUAGCCAGCGGCGACAAGAAGCAGCGGCAGCCUUCGUCGGAAGGAGGCCCGGCCAAGAAGAAGGCUCGCACCACCACCAUUGAACUGCAGGGGGUGCCCAGUGACGAGGUGCACCCCCUACUGGGAGUGAAGGGGGAUGGCAAGUCCAAGAAGAAGACAGCAGGCCGGCCCAAAGGCUCCAAAGGUAAAGACAAAGACUUCCCCUUCAGGCCCAAGCCCUACAGGGGCGAACGGCCCUCCUUCCCCAUGGAGGCCCUGGGCAGCUCUGGCUCAGGAGGAGGAGGAGGAGGAGGAGGGAUGAAGGGCAGGGCAGAGGGGGUCCUGGCCACAGGGAGUCUUGUUUCGCAGUCGUACAAACAACACGACAUCGGAGGGAUGGACUGAUAAAUGCUGUGUACAAUGGUGACGGAGCCGCCAACAGGCGAAAACAAAAAGGACACAAAGCCUGAUGUCAUACGUACAGACUGUGAGCGAGCAGCCUCUUUGAUGUGCAGACUGUUUCCUCUCCCAACCAGAGCACAGCGACACAGGAAAACUCCUCAGCCUGGAUCACUGGACAGAUGGCGACAAAGAGAGCGUGAAGCAGUCAAAGUUGUCACGUAGAAAUCACGUCCUCUGUCUCUGUAGGAUUCAUCAUGUAUAGAACACCCGUGUCUUGAUAGUGUGUGUGUGUGUGUGUGUUUCGUCUUUCUUGUUGUUUUUAUACGUAUUAAAACAUUUUUUGAUUUAUAAAUAA